AUGAAGUUCAACUUGAACAUCGUCGACAUUCCUGUCUUCCUUUGCUGGUUACAACAGAUUAUUCAAAUGGACGGCCUUACAGACGAAGUGAAUGACUCUGGGUUCCUUCUUUGGGUCGAAAAUUCGAGGGGCAAUCGAUACCCAGUUGAGCGAACCGAAGGAGACGCAGAAUCUGGCGGACUCAACAUCUAUCUCGGAGUGAGGAUAACAUGGGCCCCCGAUAUCUGCUUUCACCUGUUCUGGCAACCAACCGAGGACCAAGCGGAUCUCUGGCUUUGCAAGGUCGCAGUCUCCCCACCCUCCGCGAAUAAUCAAGGCACCAGAUAUUGCUCCAUGCGUGGGCCGGCCAACGUCGCAUAUUCAACGCAGGCUGCAUCAUAUUCACGUUUGAAAUGGAUGAUACUACGAGCUAUGAAACCGCACAAUCCACCUCCCGGUACUACGUACCUGGCCACGGCAACGCUCGAGAUCUUUCGUGUCAAGGACAAUCUGCCUCCCAAGGUCCUCACCAUUUUCGACAGCCUCAACAACGAUCCCUGCACUAUUCUUCCUGAAAUCGAGGACGAGAAUGACAUCUUUUCAUACGUGCAAGAUACUCCGUGCAAAACAUUCAAAUUUCAGUUCCAUCGCCAAGUGUUCGCAACGCAAGCCGGGGCAUACUGCGAAAAACGGAAGCACAGUCGCAGUGGUACCGUGAUAGACCUCGAUUCUGAUGACGCUUAUCACACCGAUUCCGACGAUUCCAUGACCGUUUUGGCCUUGCGGCCUCGACGGAAGGCACAGGAACGAGCUCUGGCAGCGCCAAAUCCAAGGGCGAAUCCCUCAAGAGGUCAAGAGGCGAGGCAAUCUACGGCCAGGAGAAAGACCGCGCUUCGUCACGACUCUGAGCCAUCUAUCAUAACGAGGACCAUUCAAAGACUUCAGAAGGUUACGCAAGAGGGAGUGGCAUUGAAGAAAGAGAUCGAAAAAAGGGUUCAGGAACAAGAGGCUGCAAACGAGGCAAUGCGACAGGCGCUUGCAAAGUUCAAAGCAUAG